AUGUUGGAGGUUGGAAUGACAAACGUUUAUGUCAUUUCACGCAUUUUUGAAAAGAAUCUUGAACACGGUUCGUUUCUCAGAAAACUUGGCAAAUCGUUGUGUGAAGAACACAUUGCCAGCAAAUUUGAAACACUAGAUGAAAAGGACCAAGUGAAAACCGUGUCCACUUUGAAGAAUUGUCAAAUGGGAAUUGUUGAGGCAAUGAAAACAGUUGUUAGCGGGGAAAGUGAACGAGGAAAGUGUCUGUCUUGUCUUUUGGCACAGACGAAGAAGAGUAGUAAAAACAGAAGAAACAAAAAAGAUGUAAGAACUGUUAAAAGGUGUUUUUUGUGUUACCGACCGUGCUGUAAAAACCAUUCGAUCAAUCUUGAGGCCGAUGCUGAGAACACGAAUAGAAAGAAAGAUGCUCAAGAAAAGCAAUUGUCUCAAUUGAAGGCUGACAAUGACAACUUGACUAAAGCCAAAUCAGUUGUUGAUGCCAAAUUGGAAGACGCUGAAAGAGAAAAAGCUGUUCUUAACGUAAAAAAACAAGAAGUUGCUGAAGCCGACGAAGAGCUUGAAACAGUCAAGAAGGACAAAUUUGCGAAAGAAAUAGAAGCGAAGAAGUUGAAAACGGAAAACGACGAAAUUAAAGAGAACAUGAAGAACUUGGCUUAUGACAAAGACCUACUUUCUUCAGAAAAGAAGAAGCUUCAAUACGAAUAUGACCAAUUCAAUAACUUGGUGUUUGGACACGAAGACGAGACAAACAAUUUGAAUGGUUCAAUCAAAAAGUUACAAAGAGACUUAGAAGCAAACAACACCGAGUUGAGAGACAGAACAACAAAGAGUUAUGAAAAGGAUAUUGCUGAAAUCACAUUCAGAGCUGAAACCCUUGAAAAGAAAGUCCAGAUGGCUGAACAAGAGAAUGUUGAGACUGUGAGAGAUUAUAAAACCGCUAUUGAAGAAUUGAUGAGAACAAAGACAGAACUCGAUGAUAAACAAGACAAAUGUGACAAACUUGAAGACGACUUACAAACUCAGAGAAUCGGAACAGAAGAGAAAGAAGCACAAAACGCGGCUGCUAAAGCUAAUAAACAAGCCAAACAGUAUGACAGAAAGGUCGAAGAGGCUGAGAGAAAGCUUGCAGAAUUCGAACAGAAAGAAUCUACUUUCAACAUGAUUGUUGGUAAGACACAAGCCGAUUUGAAGAAGACUCAACAAUCAGUUAAAAACGGCCAAUUGAGAAUUGUUGAGUUGGAAGACAUAUCAGAAAGGCUGGUGAAGAUCUGA